ACAUAGCUGAACAUUGUAAGGAAGAAUAGUGACAGUGGAAACACUUGUUAGACUAUCCUCUGUAGACACCACUGGCUCUUUUAGUCUUGUAGCAUGGCCAGCUAUUCCGUUUACCACAAUGCCAAUUUUCAGUCAUUUGUUCGGCAUGACUAUCGUCAAGGUACUCCUAUGCAGACAGAAUAUGAGGAGAUCAGACACAGAGCACAGCAACAGCACAGUCAUCAGGCAAUGAGAAAAGCCAGAAGUGCCACCGUGUAUGCUGGUGAAUACAGGAGUAAGGACCUGCAUGAAAACUGUCAGCCAGUAAUGAGACCCAGCUCGCCCACAAGGAUGAACAAACCUCACCCGCCUGAGGUAUUUUUGGUCACCACGCUACAUAACCUGCCUGGAUAUUACAACUGUAAGAAAGGAAGCUCUUCAAAAGAAAAAGGAAACGCCACUGUUAAGAAAGACCUGAAAGGGAUGCUCUAUGAGGACAACAAGCAGGUCCAUAUUUUCCGUGAUACGGAUUCCAAUGCAGCAGCUCGGGCUUGGCUAAAACUUGCCAGUGAUAGAGAUUGUUCUGCUAUCAUGAAAAUGAUGAAAUUUGUAAGUUCGAAACAGGAAGAGAGCAUGAACACAGAGAAAGGAAAGAGCACCAUCUAUCAGAGGUUAUCAGAGAAAAUGAAACCUGAAUUCAAAUCUUUAGCACAACAGUGGCUACUGAAGGCUGGACCACAAGAAUCUGCAGCAGUGGAAAAGUUGCUGAGCACAUUGUCUAUGGUCCACCAAUCCCAAACAUCAGAAGACAAGACAACAUCCCUUCCUGUCUGCAAGCCAUACAGAGCGGAGUAUCUCAUACACCCUGACUGGAGAUCAGAACAAUAAAUCGCUUCUGCUUCAUACUCA